UGGAUUUAGCCUGAGCUGCGUCAGUGGGCUCCCCCGGGCUCCGGGCCUGCCCCGGCCCUCCUGUCCCAAGAGGGCAGGAACGGGCCAGAGGCCAAGGGCAGCCGGUCAGGCCGGCUCGGGGCGCGGGAGCCGGACGAGGAGGGAGGCCUGCGCUAGGAUGGAUUUCGGGUCCCUGGAGACGGUGGUGGCCAACUCUGCCUUCAUUGCUGCCCGGGGCAGCUUCGACGGGAGUAGUGCCCUGUCCUCCCGGGACAAGAAGUACCUGGCCAAGCUCAGGCUGCCCCCGCUGUCCCAGUGCGAGGCCCUCCGGGACAGCCUGGACCUGGGCUUCGAGAGCGUGUGCUGCGAGCAGCCCAUCGGCAAGCGGCUCUUCCAGCAGUUCCUGAGGGCCGACGGGCAGCACGUGCCGGCCCUGGAGCUCUGGAGGGACAUUGAGGACUACGACACGGCCAACGACGACCUCCGACCACAGAAGGCCCAGGCCAUCCGGGCCGACCACCUGGACCCCCGGGGCAAGCUCUUCUGCGGCUUCCUGGACGAGGGGACGGUGGCGCGGGCCAGGGAGGGGCCCUCGGGGCGUGAGGAGGGGCUCUUCCAGCCCCUCCUGCAGGCCACGCUGGUGCACCUGAGCCAGGCGCCCUUCCGGGAGUACCUGGACAGCCUGUACUUCCUGCGCUUCCUGCAGUGGAAGUGGCUGGAGGCCCAGCCCGUGGGUGAGGACUGGUUCCUGGACUUCAGGGUACUGGGCAGAGGUGGCUUUGGGGAGGUGUCCGCCUGCCAGAUGAAGGCCACUGGCAAGAUGUAUGCGUGCAAAAAGCUGAACAAGAAGCGGCUGAAGAAGAGGAAGGGGUAUCAGGGUGCCGCGGUGGAGAAGAAGGUCCUGGCGAAGGUGCACAGCAGGUUCAUCGUGUCUCUGGCCUACGCCUUCGAAACCAAGACCGACCUCUGUCUGGUGAUGACCAUCAUGAACGGAGGGGACCUAAGGUACCACAUCUACAAUGUGGACGAGGAGAACCCCGGCUUCCAGGAGCCACGCGCCGUCUUCUACGCGGCCCAGAUCGUCAGCGGCCUGGAGCAUCUGCAUCGGCACAGCAUCGUCUACCGCGACCUCAAGCCUGAGAACGUGCUCCUGGACGACGAUGGCAAUAUCCGCAUUUCUGACCUGGGGCUGGCCGUGGAGCUGAAGGACGGGCAGACCAAGACCAAGGGCUACGCGGGGACCCCCGGGUUCAUGGCCCCGGAGCUCCUGCGGGGGGAGGAGUACGGCUUCGCGGUGGAUUACUUUGCCCUGGGGGUCACGCUGUAUGAGAUGAUCGCGGCCAGAGGUCCCUUCCGAGCCCGCGGAGAGAAGGUGGAGAACAAGGAGCUGAAGCAGAGGGUCCUUGAGGAGGCGGUCACCUACUCUGACAAGUUCAGCCAGGCCAGCAAGGACUUCUGCGAGGCGCUGCUGCAGAAGGACCCCGAGCAGCGCCUGGGCUUCAGAGACGGCACCUGUGACGGCCUCCGUGCCAGCCCCCUCUUCAGGGACAUGAACUGGCGGCAGCUGGAGGCCGGGAUGCUGGCCCCCCCCUUCAUCCCGGACUCCAGGACCGUGUAUGCAAAGAACAUCCAGGACGUGGGUGUCUUUUCCACCGUCAGGGGUGUGGUCUUUGACAAAGGAGACACAGAAUUCUUCCAGGAGUUUGCCACCGGCACGUGCCCCAUCCCCUGGCAGGAGGAGAUGAUCGAGACGGGCAUUUUCGGGGACCUGAACGUGUGGAGACCCGACGGGCAGAUGCCCGAUGACAUGAAGGGGGUCUCCAAGCCGGAGGCAGCGCCCUCGUCCAAGUCGGGGCUGUGCCUGGUCUCCUAGACCAGAGGAAAAGCGGCGCCACAGCCGCCUCCCGAGCCAGCCGAGCGCCUCCUGCGUGGCCAUCUGUGUGGCCAUGGCCGUGACCGAGGCGCUCAGCACGGGCGGGGCAGUCCAGCCAGAGCGCACGUGCUGGGUCAGGAGCCCCCCACUGGCGAAUAGCCCACUUCUUUUGCACCUUUUACCCAAAAAAGGACGCGGCAGUGGUUCCCGGGUGGGAUCCAUGACCACACACCGUUGUCCGUGGCUCUCGCGGGUGCGCAAGCUGGCAGCGGUUUGGGCAGGGGGCACGGAGGAAGGCUCGGUUGGGUCUUAACUGUAACUGCACCUUAUCUGUAACUCCCAGGCCCUGCCUUCUCUCGGUUGGUUCAGAGGUUUGCAAACCCUGGCCUGUGAGCUCAGGGGCUCUGCUGAGAGGCCCAUUUCCCUUAGUGCCCAGCUCCUGGCCCUGCCCUCUAGCCACCUGGUCAUUGCCAGGGCCUGGCCAGUCACCACCUGCUCGCCCAGGACAUUGCUGGGUCCUGAGUCUCCGAUGGGGUCACCUCGCUGGCCAGGGCCGUGUGUCCAGAAGGAGGGAGGGCAUGGGGUCUGGGGGUGAGGCUGACAAUAGCGGCCCCGCCUCUUGGCUCCUCUUCUUCCUAAGAGCAUCUCCAGCUGGUGACAACCGGGCCCAAGUCCACCCCCACUGGCAGGGCAGUCCCCCCAGCAGCUGCUGACCACCGGACUCUGCCUCUUGACCGCAAAGCCAGGCUGUUUCUGUCUGGACCUCUCCCGAUCUCACCUCUGGGGCCAGCUCUGGGUCGGUCUUGCUUCGUGGGGUUUGCAGUCUGACGGUCAGGGCCAGCACCACCCCUGUCUCCCUCCAGCGACCACUCUAAGAUUUAAAGCCCUAACCCGUGGAACGCGGACACACACAGCCCCAGGCACCACCCGGGCCUCCAGGUCUCACCGAGCGCCUUGGCGCUCUAACUUGGAGAACACAAGUGUGCAGCAGCUGUCUCUAGAGGCUGGUCACUCCACAGCUGGGAUCGGGUGGCGAUGGCCUGGGAAUCUGAGACCCUCUUGAGGGCUCUGCAGGAGAGGAGCCUGGGGAAGAUGUAGGUUCCGGGGGCUCAUUUCCAGAAGAGGGGUCUCUGUCCUUUUAGGAAAGAACUUCUGAGUUCCUUGCAGCUCACGCUCAAGGAACGACAGUGGAGUCCCGCAGGUCCAGGAGGCCCUGCGGCCAGGACGUGCUGGCUGAGCGUGGGCCACGCGGCCGCCAGAGGGGCUGUGCCAGUUACCUGUCUGGAGGGGCUGAUAUGGGGUUCUGUGGGGGCGAAGUGACGGGGUCCCCAAGGGGAUGACGUGACGGGGUCCCAAGGGGAUGACGUGACGGGGUCCCAAGGGGAUGAAGUGACAGGGUCCUGUGAGGGCAAAGAGACUGGGUCCCCAGGGGCUGAAGAGAUGGGGUCCUCCAUAACCCCAGCGUGAGCUGGGGUCACUUCCUCCUCCCAGCAGCAGCAGAGACUGCCUCCUGGGACUCAACACGGAGCAUGGGAAGCCUUGCCCCAUCCGGACUGUCACGCCACCUGCCCCCCCUGCAGCCAGGGGAGAGGAAUGACCCUGAGGAGCUCGAGCUCUGAGCUGCUGCUCGGACACCUGGGACCAGCAGCCCUCCUGGUCUGGAGCUGCUGCAGGAGGCCGGCCCCCAGGUGUGGGGUCAGAGCUGUCAGGUGUAAGAGGCCAGCUCAUUGGUGGGGACAUUUACGGUGUGCCUCUGGGCCCCUUUCCUGGUGAAUAAGCCUGCAGGAUAGCCUCUCUUCUGUGUGCUGCAGUCAUAGAAUGUUCUGGAAGGGUCUUGUAGAACCACCAGGUGCUUUUGGCCUGUGACCUGCAACUGCCACCUGAACAUCUGGGAGGCCCGAGAUGCGGACCCGUGGGCUGAGGGAGGCUGGGCCUCUGGCCCCACUAAUUGCUGUGCCGCCCCAGCGCUGGCUCUGUAUCCUGGGAUGGGACACAUUGAUUGGUCCUGGCUGAACAUCCAGCUCACGACGUUCAGUGAAGGACCAUUGCUGGUUUCCAAGCCUGCUUAAUGCGCUCUGGGUCCUCAUGGCUGUGAACAUAGGAUUUAAAGCUCAGUGGAGGGGCGGUCUGGCCCCUGCCGCCCGGGCCCCCGGUGCAGAGGCGUAGCCCCUGCUGGGGAACAAGCGCCCCUGUGGGGACCCUCUGCCUUCAUCUCAUGCUUGGACAGCCGGCGAGACAGGGCAUUGGGCACGGCUGAAUUGCAGAUAAACAAAGAGCUUUUUGUGAGUGUCCUAAAUUUUCCGUGGGACCCACACUAAAAGAUCAUUCAAUGUUUUGGGCUAAAUCUGCCACACCUGCUACAGACGAUACACUUACUUACGGGUUCGCGGCGAUUCCGUCAGCUAGCGGGUCUGUUGGAGUGUAAUCACAACCUACGUGUGACAUCGGCUUUCUCGUCGCCCGCUCCCGCUCGGGAGACCCCCCCCGGGACACUCAAGCCGAGCAGUUACACACAGGCAGCAAAAGUCCUGUAGUCACUUGACUUUUAUUUUCAAAUCUUUAAAACUUAAAUGAGCACAUGGAAAACAAUGAACCGGUCAGCACCCACACGGCGAGAGCAGGGCUGCCCCCGCAGCUCCAAGAGCCAGGACGCCGCAGGGGUCCCGGCGGCCCGGCCCGCAUCGGCCACCGUGGCCGCAGCGGCUGGCCUCGCAGACUAGCUCCGGGCCCCGAGGUGGUGAUGACGGUGACUCCAGGCGCUUCGCGCCUCUUUCCCCGCCGGGCCGGAGGGACAUCCCCACGCGCCUCCAGUCUCGGCCUCUGGGGCCUGGGGCGAGGCGGG